AUGCAGAAUGCGGUAGCGCGAUGGAUAGCUUCGUCAUCGCGUUGGCGACUACGCUCUCGGGACCGCGUGGCCGUCGCCGAUGACGAGUCAGAUAUAGGCUUCAGCUCGGAAGAUGGGGAAGAACUGAACGAAGUGGACGAAGACCGCAGGCAUGCGCUUUCGUUAGAUACGGGUCACCAACACACCGGUAGCGAUAGGAGGUUGAGUAGAGACCUAGAGGAGGGAUUUAGAGAUGACAGCGACGAUGACGACAACCGGGACGGCCGGAACAGACGUUAA